CAUGUGUCAAGAGACAUGUUUAUUUAAACAUCAACAAUCAAUUGUUGAUGAAUUAAAACAAGAUUUAAAAAAAAUAACUGAAAUUGAUGAUGUUGAUGUUGAGAAAAAAUUAAAUGAUUUAUUUGAAUGGCUGCAAAUUUCACCAAAAAUAACAACAUUUCGAGUCAACACAUUAUUAACAGAUGCUGAUAAAAUAUUGACAAUGUUGUUAAACUUGAAAAAUAUUAACAAGAGUUUAUCAUCAAUAUCAAUUGAAUCAAAAUUACCAGAAUUGAUUAUAAUUGAAGCUAAAAAAUGUCAUCAAGAAAAAGAAAUGAUUAAUCAUGAUAAUGAAGCUGUUGUUGAUGCAGCAUGUGGUGCUGCUGUAUUACGAGGUUCACAUGUAUUUGCACCAGGUAUUAUGGGUUUAACUGGUGGUAAUAUAAAUGAUAAAAUUAAUUUAUAUGCUGAUAUAACUGGUUUAUCAAAAAAAGGAUUUAUCAAAAAAUAUGAUAAUGAUUCUAAAAAGUAUUUGGGAUAUGGAAUAUUAAGACAAACAAGAAAUGAAAUAUUUCAUGAAGGUAAUUGUGGUACUGGUCUUGCUAUUGAAAUGAUUGAAACAAUUUCUGGUUUACCACAAUUAAAUGAAACUGAUUUACCUGAUGGUUUUGUAUUAUUACAAAAUUUUCCAUCAAUAAUAUGCUCACGUAUUGUUGAUCCACAACCAGAUGAUAUUGUACUUGAUAUGUGUGCUGCACCUGGUAAUAAAACAACUCAUUUAUCAGCAUUAAUGAAAAAUAAAGGCAAAAUUAUUGCUAUGGAAAAAAUAAAAUCAAAAAUAUCUAAAAUGAAAAAUAAUUGUCAAAAAUUUGGAUGUAAAAAUGUCGAUAUAUUUUGUUUCGAUGCAACAAAAUCAGUAAAUAAUCAAAUAACCAAUGAAAAUAAUAAUUCAUUAUUAGAACCACCAUUUUUUAAGCAAACAUUUGAUAAAAUUUUACUUGAUGGACCAUGUUCAGUACUUGGUAAAAGACCUCAACUUUUUAAUAAAAUAACUUGUAAAGAAUUACGUGCAAUUGUACCUCUACAAAAAAAAUUAUUUACAUCUGCAGUUGAAUUGCUAAAAGAUGGCGGAACAUUGGUAUACUCAACUUGUACAAUAACAAUUGCUGAAAAUGAAGAAAUUGUUGCUUGGGCAUUAAAAAAUUUUCCAUGUUUAAAAUUAAAUCCAGCAAGACAACAAUAUGAUUCAUUUAAUCUUGAAAAAUAUCCAGUAUCAUCAGGCUAUCCAAUUGAAGAUUUACCAUCAAAUUUAGCUGAUAAUCUUUUACGUUUUGGAAGUGAAAAUAAUACGGUAGGUUUUUUCAUUGCAUCAUUUAAAAAAAAUACAUAAUAAAAUUUAAAAAUAAAUAGUACAAUUUCUUUCUUUUUUUUUUUGCUAUUUAUUUAUUUUUUACACAAAUUGAAAAAAAUAUUAUCUGAUUAAAAUUUUAAUGAUUUUGUGAUGUAUUUUUUUUUGUAAAAUUCAUUGUAAAUAUUUAUUAUUUAUUGUUGAAUUAAUGAUGAUUAAUCAAACCAUACCCAUUUUGGCGAAACACUUGGAAAAUCAAAUUUAUCUGGAUGACCAAUAUGUGAUAGUUUUGGAAAUGUUUUUGACCAUGUAAAUGGUUCUUCUUCAUUUGUUUUACUUGGUCCACAUAUUGCAGUAAAUGUUUUUAUCUCAGCAUUAUUAAUAAUUGUAAUUUUAGUAUCAAUAACACCAAAUGGUAAUGGUACAUCAUUAAAUUCACCUCUAAAUUUAAAAUUAUUAUGUCUUGAUGAAUUAUUAUUUAAUUUUGUAUCAUUAAUUUUAUUAAACUGUUUAAUUUUUAAUGUUGUAUCAUCAUUAUUAUUUUCAGCAAUUUCUUUUAAUCUAUUUACCAAAAUUUUUGUUUUUUUAAUUGGUUUUUUAUUUAAUUCAUCUGUUGGUUCAAUUAAUUCUGGUGUUUUAAAUUUUGAUUGUUUUGAAAUAUCAAUAUUAUCAGGUUUUUUAAAUCUUGAAAAACCAUCUAGAUAUAUAAUUUUUUUGUCAUUUAAUAUUUUUGUGUAGUCACUUAUAUGAGUUGUUCGUGAAUGUUGUUCAACAAGCCAAAUUGAUGAAUCAAUAACUCUUAUAAUUGCCCAUUGAAUUGGUCUUGAUAUAUCAGUGUCAUCACGACGUGCUAA